UCAUUCACAUAUCUGAUUUAUUACUUAACUAAUACAAGCCGUUGUAAAAAAAACUGGGCCGCCAUCGCAGACAGAGCGGCGCUAACCACUUCAACUGUGAUGCUAGUCCUCACCCGCUCUCCCUCUGUGCGGGUGGGCCUAGUGAAGCAACAGAGCCUGCAUUGUCAGUUUGACGUGGACCACAAGGCAGCUGACCUGACAGUGGAAUGGCGUUUGCAACGACACGGUGAACGCACCACGCUCUUCAGCCACUCCAGCCGCUCGGGCCAGACAAAGGGGAGCGGGGUGCCGCUUAACGCCAUCGGUAGGGGCAACGCAUCCCUGACGCUCCCCCUCACCAAGCAGAGCAGCGAGGGGACGUAUAUCUGCCUUGUCUCAGUGCCUCCGCUGUUUGGUAGCCAUGACAUCACUCUGCACAUUAUGGAGCCGCCUCACGUGUCCUUGAACGUGGACUCUACCAUCUCCCUGGUGGACAGGGGGGAGCAGAAGGUGGUGUGUGAGGCAGAGGGCUACUACCCCCUGGAUGUGGAGAUGGAGUGGUUCAGGGAGUCCAGUGGUGGAGGUGGAGGCCUCCUACCAGAGAAGCUGGACACUGUCCUGUACUCCAGCCACCGCCACCACCAAGACGGGACCUACUCUCUGUCGGCCUUCUUCCUGCUCCACGCUUCCCUGCAUGACUCAGGCUCCAAGUACUUCUGCAGGGUGUCUCACAGCUCCCAGCGCAUGCCCAUCCGCAAAAGCUUCACCCUCAUCGUCACAGAGUAUGACAGUUGGAACGCUGCGCUGUGGUUGUUCUUUGGCUUUGGAUCCAUCUUGGUCAUGGUGGCCAUUUUGUUUGUGAUGCUACCCCGCCUGAGCUCAGCAAGAAAAGCUAAUCAGCGCAAGCCCUACUGAGAGAACAAUCCAGAGUGGUCCUUCUCUUCAUCUCUGGACUUCUCCAUCAGAUGGGUUAUUUUGGAGUUAAUGUUUCCCCUGAAUCUCCUAUUAUUAAAAGUACACACAGUUUAGAGAGAGACUAUCCCACAAGGUCAUAGUACUGCUCUACGAUGAGAUUGUGUAAGGUAGCUUAAUUUUCCUAUAAAAAUACUUGACAUGGAAUAAUUAUUUUAUUUUAUAAAAAUGCAUGAUAAUGUAUGAUAUGAAAAAUAUGCACUAGGAAAUUGAUUUGUUUAAAAUUGAAAAGCAAUGGCACGGAUGAGAUUGUGAAUAUAAAUGUUUAUUAUUUAUUUGUAUUUAAUAAUUGCUGUUGCAUUUACUGUUUUCGCUCUAGAGGUUUCUACUAAGUUAACAGGUCAGAAUGUGAUGUCAAAUCCAAUCAGCACAUUUCAGACAUGGAAUGCAACACAAUGUGCUACACAGGGAGAGAAAAAAAACUGAAAUAAUUACGAGGAUGAAAACCAAAGAAUAACAAGCUGAAUGACUGACUAAAAAGCACCCUAAGGAAAAGCAUAGCUAAAAAAAGUGUCUUUUAAGAGCACUUUAAAAUAUGACCACAGUUUUUGCCUCCCUGAGGUUCUCUGGCAGGCAAUUCCAGUGGCUGGGGGCAUAAUAGCUAAAAGCUGCCUUUCCAUGUGUCUUGGUCCUAGGUUUUGAGAGUUCAAUAGAAAGCCCCUUCGUAAUAAUCAGGUCCAGAGUAUGGCUGCAGUUAUGGGUGGGCCCAAAAACAUGUUGGAUAAUGUCCCUAGAGCUCAAAAGAUGCAUAAAUUCUCUUUGUCAACAUGACAAUUUAAGUCACCCAACAUAAUGAAUUGAUUAUAGUUCUCAAGGACACUAGACAAUAGUUCAGAGAAAUCAGUAAAAAAAAGUGUGGCAGUGCUUUGGUGGCCUAUACAGGGGUUAUGGCGAGCACUGGUGUCUGCCAUUUAAACAGUAUAGCGGCAUGCUCAAAAGUCCCAAAGUCGCCAAACUACAGCUGAGAGCAUUAGUAAAAAUGGAGACCCCCCCACACACACACGCACACUUUGAAAAUAUGUAGUUUGACACUGUCUUCUGCUGAAAGCCAAUCUUUUUCCAGAGGCUUUGGCGUAAUCUUGGUUAAGUCUUUAGUACCCUACAUAUGGAGAAAUACUGUGCCAAAGCCCCAUCUCUGUUUCUACAUAGUUAACCCUACCAUAAACACUUCACUCUGGAAUGGCAGCUGUUCCCAAAGGGCACUUGGUACAUUCCCCCCAAGCCAUACCUUUGGGCACUAAUGUUGGCACGUGGGGAGAAGUGUGGCUCUGGAGAGGCUAUCAUCACAGAGCAGAGCCAGUGUAAAGCUGUGUGCCUGGUGGGUCAGGAGUCAGCUGAGGGCCAGGGCUCUGCUCCGGCACACAGCCCAGCUCAGAGCUCCACCAGUGGAAAGGGCUGUAAUGGGAUCUGGGGGCUCAAAGAUAUACCGAGUAGACCCACGGGUAGUUCUAACUGAGCAUCUGCUUCCAGUAAACUAUGAUGAUGCACAAUCUGGGGUCAUACUAGGGUCAGGAUUGGUUGUGGUCUAGGUCUAUUAUAGUCAACUAUUGUUGUUGGUUACAUAUUUAGUCCCUCGGAAGGGCUCCAUCGAAUAUAAACUU